UCAGACUGACAGGUACCGCGUGAUUCGUCACUCCACAGAAUAUGUUUCCAACUGCUCCAGAGUCCAGUGCUAUUGUUGCUUCCAGAGGCAGAAGACCUCUCCAGUAGGUGACUCCACAGAGGCACUGUGCGCUUCAGCAGUUAACAGCCCCAUUCUGAAUGCCUUGAGUAUGCAGCGCUGUGAAGCAACCGUAUUGUUAUUCUUUUUGCUGAUGCCAUUCGAGGCUUCAGCAUUCGAAGUUUCAACACUUGAUUACUGCUACAAGGAAGAUGACUGCAAUCCGUACAAGUGGGGGAAAAUCUUUUCCUCCUGCGUACCCAACGAAACCAAACUGCACUCACCCAUUGACCUCGGAGAUGGAGCAGUGAAGACUGAUUCUGUUCUGGAGCUUCAUGGCUUUGGUAAUCCACGGGCCUCCUGGACUGUGGCUAACAUCCGGGAUACGGUUGUUGUGGAGUUUGCUACAGGUAUGGCCAUAUCUGGAGACUGGUUACAACAUAAGUAUCGGCUUGUGGAGAUGAGGUUCCACUGGGGAUCCAAAACCACCAAUGGAUCAGAACACACGCUGAACAAGCGCAGGUUCCCUAUGGAGAUGCAGUUCGUGGGUGUUGCUCCUGGGUUCGUGGACGUGGAGGCAGCUUCACAUCACCAGGCGGGCCUGGCUAUGAUGGGAGUCUUCAUUGAUAUCGGCACUGAAGAGAAUGUACCUUUUAAGGUCAUAUCUGAUGCGGUCACCAAGGUGCCAUAUCCAGGAGAUUCGGUGAAAGUCACUCCAGCAGCCUUGUUCAUGCCUGGUAGAGAUUCAAGGUUCUAUCGCUACCAGGGAGGCCAAACCACUCCACCCUGCCUCCAGAAUGUGGAGUGGAUUGUGUUUGAGAAGCCUAUUUUGAUCUCCAGUGAUCAGUAUUUGAGGUUUGCCACUCAUCUGUAUUAUUCUGAUAAAAACAGCCCUGAGAAGAAAUUGCUAGUGGAGAACUAUCGUCCCAUCCAGUCCAGGUCCAAGCACCAAAUUUUUGUCUCUGCUGCUGUAAAAGUCCACUCAGCGAGAGGAGCCACCCAGAGCCAGCAUGCAGUCUUCGUCCCCCUCCUCAUCCUCCCCUGCCUGCUGCAAUUUAGCUUCAGGGUGGCUUAAACACAAACAAGGAAAAGGUAUUAUAGGAGCAUUACCGAUAGAGCCACCGACGCCUUAUGUGUAUGCAUUAAACAUUUAUGCUGAAUUAACUCUACAUCUCUUCUGUUACUGUGAGUGUAAGGCAGUACAGCCUGCUUGAUAACUAAACAAUACGGGAAUGUAGCUCUAAUACAUUUUAACAUAUUAUAGGGUGAAAAUAUACAUUGACCAAAGAUAACUGACUAAGGACUGUCUAAAGUAGAUAUAACCUGUGUGAAUUGUUCAUGGCCCUGUAGAUUUAAACUGCUCCAAUUUAAGAAAUAAAUAACCAGGCAGGUUUUAGAAUGGUGCACGGACCCAUCUGGAUAAGAAAUGUCAUGACCUGUUAUAGAAGUACCUUAUUUUUUGCCUGAUUUUUUCCGCCUGAACACUCUAAACCUGUACAGUUUUGAAUUGGUUCCUCUAUUAAGCUCAGUAGUUGUGAAGGCAGUAGAACUGAUGUAUUGUUAGAAGUAUGGUGGUGUUCAGCUUACAUUAAAGCCUGUCUGUCUUAUACCUAUCGAAGUGGUACUAGUUUCAGUUUAUCAUAACAGUUCUGCUGUGUAGAAAGUUCAGUGUUUUCAUUUGAGGUUUUGUUGUUUUAUGUUACAUUUUAACAUCAUAGCGGAUUGUUAAAAUAUAAGUUUUUCCUUGGCCAGAAAUUUAUUUAUUUGUAGAGUAGAAUUCAUAUAAGUGACAUGUUUGCUGUGUUAAAAUGCCUAAAUGUUGUUUCCACUGGACAUCAUAUCUUUUUUUUCUUCAGCCAGAACAGUUACACCAACCAUCAUUUACACAGUUAUGUGAUGCUGCUAAAUUUACUGUACAUGCAGGUAGUUUGCGCCGCUCAGGACUGUAACCUUUCGCACCCGCCACAUUCUUAAACAUUAUGCAGUGUCUUAUUACAGGCCAUUGUGGUCUAUGGUCAUUAGGCUGUGAGUCAGAUAAUGAGCAUAUAUUGUAUUGAGGAUUAGGGCGAUAAACUUCUGUGUAUGCCAUGUCACGGUCUUGUAUGUUGUCCUGUGGAUAUGAGAGAAUGUUGUUUUGUUCCAUUGUAGCUUUCAGUGACAAUAAAGUUCCCUUUAUUCUGCAA